GCCGGCCGCCAUGACCGCAGCUGCGCUGCUGUCGUUCGCCGCCACCGAGCGCGUACAUGCCCAUCUACCGGUCGUCGCGGCCUUGGACGACAAGCAUGCGCAGCUCAUGACGCUGCUCGCAGCGCACCUGCCGGUCCCCGACUGCAAGGCGGCGCUGCAUCCGCUGACGCUCGGCGACUUGGUAUUGUCCAUUGAAGCUGCACAGCUCCACACACCACUGGGCAUCGUCCUCGCUCUCUUGCACAUCGACGACAGCUACCGCUUCUGCCACGCCAUCCAUACGUGGCACGAUGCUAGUGCGACAUUGCAGGACGCUGGCGCCCGGCUGCAGACGCUGAACGUGCUCGUGGAUACAACACUGCGAUCGCUGCGGACUGUAGACCACGAGCCGACCGCCAUUGCCGCGCUGCACACAGCUUUGGCGUCAUCGUCUUGCGCGUGCUUGCAUGCGCAUCUGGAGCCAUCGCGUGUCGUCGCGUCGUCGCGUGGGCUGCGCCCACAUGCGACGCCGCUGCAAGACGUGCUCGAUCUCGUCGUCCGGGUCGCCACAUCGUACUCGAACCUUUGUCAAUCAACGCACAAGAAGUGUCCUUCGGUCGUGCUCGAGCUGCCGCCUCUCGAGACGUUUGCAUCUGUUGACGACGCGAUGGCAACCUCGUACACGGACGAGCUACCAGGACACGAGAUGGAGCCGCGACUCGAAGAGUGGUGGCCGCGCGCCACGUCGACAACAGACGCACAAGACGCGACGCAGUCGUUUGCCCGGCUCAUCGCGCUCGGCAGUGCACAAUGGAGCACGACCACUAUCAUGUGGCUGCAGACGUAUCUCGCUGAGCUCACGGACCUCGACCGGCUCUCGAUCGCAGUCGAGUGCAUUUGCCGCCAGCCGCCCUUUGCCGCGCCCGACGUGUCGGCCUCUGUGGCCAAGGCCUUCAACACGCUCACGACCGACCAUAGAAAAGGAAGCCUCGCCAUGCUCUUGCGCUGCGUCGCGUGGGCCCCAGAGUCAGUGUUGCACCGUCUUCUCCAGAAUGGCGUCGCUUGUCCCGAGCACGUGCCUGUGUAUCUUCGCCUCUUGGAGCUCGCACCGUCCUUGGCGCAGUCAACGCAGCUGCUACCGUCUCUUGGCCAUCUCGUGCAGGUGCUGACGACCGAGACGCUGGCGUCCACCGCGCACUUAUUCGCGGAGCUGACAUCUCUCGGCGUGACGACCAUGCUCGACGUCGUCGGCACUUGCAUCUUGCCGCAUCUGCGUGGCGUCAACGACCUUGGCUGGGACCUUCUCACUGUGCUCUCGCCCUGGACUUCCGUGUCGGACGCAGAGAUUGGCGCGGAGCUUCUCGACCGCACAUGUGCCACGUUGGCAACGGCGUGGGCAUCAACGGGGGAGGCACAGGCUGCCGCGCGCCUUCUCCCGAUCGCCCGCAACCUCGCCGCCGUCGUCACGCACCCGACAAUCUCCAAACUCGAAGCGUACGUGACGUCCAAGGACAUUCGUUUGGUGUUGUUGCUGCUGCCGCUGUUCCCGUCGACGCCACUUCCGCUGCCGACACUGUCCGAGUCGACCGAUGGUGUAUACACGCUGUCGAAAGCCGACGUUGGCAACAUCUUCAUGGGUGCAUUGCUGCUCUGUGCGUCGGCGGUCGCACUGCUGCCGUCACUGGCCACUUCAUUGCGUCAAGGUCGCUUGGCCGUGGCCGGCGUCCCGGCCUGUCCGCCGAUGUCGAUGCUUGCUCUUCUCUCGACGUGGGUUCUACCAUCCCUUGCGACCAGCGACGACGGCACCCGCUUUGUCUUUGAGCUCCUGCCGCAGCUGCUGCCGCCCGACCAAAACACACCGCUCGAUGCGACGCUGUGCGUUGCCCGGGGCAUGCUUCUUCGAGGAUUGGCGACCAAGAGCAGCUGGGACCGAACGUCGAUGGGCCAUGUGCUGCACUGCAUUGAGCACUGCAUCGUCCAGGAUCCGUCAUCGGUGUCGACGUACCAAGGACUGCUACCGCUUGUGUUGUGGCUUCUUCGCGAGACGCCGUGCGGCCACGACGACGAUGUGCUGCUCAUGACGCUGCGCAAGAUGACACGCGCGUGGCAUGACCAUCUGCCGCCCGAGACGCUCGGCGAGCUCCACGCGGUCGCCCUCGAGCUUUUGAGCAAAAAUGUAGCGCCGACGAAGACGAUCUUCCGCCAUGUGCACAGUCUGCUCACACAACCUCGUCGGACGACUCCCCUACCCCCAUAAAGAAAUUAAAUCAAUCUAUCGAAAC